AUUCCACUUUUGGUCCCAUGUUUGGGGGGUUGUGUUCAAUGUGGUCCUACCUUAUUUUUUCCUUAUUAAUAGAUCCCACCUUUUGAAAAAGUCGUUCAAUUAAGUCCUUUUGCCUUACGGCGUUAGUUUUAUAACGGUGUUGGUGCCCCCCUGGAUAAACCUCAGCAACGUGUCAGUUUGAGAGUUGUGUACGUGUCAGUUUGAGAGUUGCGUACGUGUAAAUUUGAAAAAUGAAAAAAAUUAAAGGGGUUAAAAAAGUUAAAUUCACGAAGAGGGGUAAUUAAAAAGAGGGUUUUCGUUAGGGUUCCAUUCGCGAUUUCAGAUUAUCCCUUUGUGGUGAAGAUCGAAGUUCAAAUUGGAGUUGUUGUCCUUGCAUUGCGAAUUGGAAAGCGUCACUGAGGUAAGUCUUUAUGUUAUGUUCAGUCAAUUUUGUGAAUUCCAUGAAAUAUUUGUUUUGGAAUGUUGUCGCGUUGUGGGGGGUUUACGUAUGGGGUGAAAUUGGGUUUUGUUAUAUGGGACCAGUUGUCGCGUUAUUGGGGUUUAUAGUGGUCCCAUAGGUUGUUCUUUAAUUUAUUUUGUGGUCCCCUUUUGCAUUUGCAGGGUUAGGGUUGGGAUGUCUGUUGAGAGGUUUCAGGUAGUGGUCCACCACGGUGGGACCUUGAUAAAAGACGUGCCAUUUAAGUAUAUAGGUGGGGAGAUAACAUAUUGGGAGGUUGACCCCGACAAAUGGUGUUAUUUUGGAAUAGUGGGUUCACUUAAGGAAAUGGGUUACAUGCAAGUAUCAGAGUUAUAUUACAAUGUUCAGCAUGUAUUACAUAAGUUGUAUGAUGAUAAAGAAGCUAUGACCAUGCUGAAGGUGGCUCAUUAUUUAGGAAAAGUUAAUCUUUUUGUUGUUCAUGGGGUGGACAAUCCAGAGGUAGUAGAAAACGAUGUGAAUGAUGUGUUGUACUUAUGUGAAGGUCCAGUAGACAGUGAAGCUGAGGUUGGAUUGGAUGUUGAUAAUGAGAGUGGAGCAGAGAUUGAGAAUGAGUGUGAAGGUCGAGAUGAUGUUGAGAAAGAAGAAGUGGCCGUUGACAGUGAUGUUCAUAUGGAAGGAGCAGUGGAGGUUGAAAAUCAGGGUGGACCUGAGGUUCAUAUUGAGGGUGUUGGUGUUGAGGCUCCAUUUCAGGUUGAGAAUGAGUGUGAAGGUGGAGAUGAGGUUGAGAAAGAAGAAUUGGUAGUUGAGAAUGAUUGUGUUGAGGGUCGAGUUGAGGUUGUAAAUGAAGAAGUGGUACAUGUCAGUGAUGUUGGAGUUGAUGUUCAAAGUCAAGAAGAAGUUCACAGUGCAGAAGAAGAAGUUGAGAUUGAAAAAGUAGGAGGUCAUACUGAUGAAGAAGAAGAAGAAGUUCAGAUUGAAGAAGAAGCAGUUGAGACUGAUGAAGUUGAAGUGGAAGAGGACAGUGAGGAUGAACCAGGAAUAGAGGAUUUGAGUGGUGAUGAGUACGUGGUUGAACAUAGUGAUGAUGAAGCACAACCAAUUGGAAGGGGAUUGUCAGAUGGUGAAUGGGAGUCUGAUGUGCUUUUAACGCCACAAAAUAGUGGAAGUGAUGAGGAUGACAUCCAGGAUAGAGUCCCAAGUGGCCCCUUUUCAAAGUAUGUAAAACAGAAAUCAAUGACAGAUUAUAGGUGGCAAGUGGGCACAAUAUUUACAGAUAAGGAAGACUUUAAGGAUGCCAUACGAAGCUAUUCUGUGCAUGCUGGGAGGUGUCUUAAAUUUGUGAAAAAUGAUAAACGUAGGGUGAGGGUAAGAUGUUUGGGUGGCCAAGGAAAGUGCCCAUGGGUGGCUUAUUGUGGGUAUUUGCCAUCACGUAAAAUUUGGCAAUUGAGGAAGAUUAUUGACACCCAUACGUGUAGUAGGCAACUUAACAUUAAAAUGAUGAAUGCUAAGUGGUUGAGUCAAGAGAUUGAUAAGUCUUUAAUGGAUAAUCCUAGUCUGAAAGUGAAAGACAUACGUAGUAAAGCUUUAAGGAAAUGGAAUACCAAUGUUUCAAUUUCCAAGGCAAGGAGGGCAAAGUUGAUUGCAACCCGACAAAUGGAAAUAGAUCACAAAGAACAAUUUAGAAGGAUCUAUGACUAUGGACAUGAGCUCAUUAGGUGUAACCCAGGGUCAACAGUGAAGAUUAAAGUUGACGGUGACAAUGGUCAACCAAUCUUCCAAAGAAUAUAUGUGUGUCUUAAAGCUUGUAAAGACAGUUUUAGGAGCUGUAGGCCAAUUGUAUGUUUAGAUGGGUGUUUUAUGAAAGGUCAGUAUAAGGGGGAGGUGCUUACUGCUAUUGCUAGAGACCCAAACGAGCAAAUGCUACCACUAGCCUAUGCAGUUGUAGAAGUGGAAAACAAAGAGACUUGGACAUGGUUUUUGCAGAUACUAAUUGAAGACCUAGGGGGAGAUGAGGUCUGUGGGAGAUGCACGUGGAUGUCUGACCAACAAAAGGGGUUAGUACAGGCUGUGCAGGACCUUCUGCCUAGGGCAGAACAAAGAUUCUGCCUGAGACACUUGUAUUCAAACUUCAGAAAAAGAUUUAGUGGUCAAAUAUUAAAGAAUUUGUUGUGGAGGGCAGCCACAAGCACAUAUCCCCAGGCUUGGGAAAGAGAAAUGCUCAAAAUUAAAGAGGUGAAUGUCGAAGCCUACAAAUACAUAAUAGCCACAUAUCCCCCAAGGUUUUGGUCCAGAUCACGCUUCACCGGUCAAGCAAUGUGUGAUAGCCUAGAUAACAACAUCACUGAGGCUUUCAACAGUGUUCUUCUGCAUGCUAGAGAACAACCAAUUAUCAACAUGCUGGAGGAAAUAAGAGUUUAUCUGAUGAAUCGAUGGGCAACCAACAGAAAGAAGGUGGAAAGUAUGAAUUUCACAAUAUGCCCAAAGAUAAAAACCAGACUUCUAAACGAAUCAAAGUUAUCAAAAUUCUGGAUUCCAAGCUGGUCUGCUAGAAAGAUAUUUGAGGUUACCCACUGUUCAGCGAUUGAGAACAAGUUCAAGGUGGAUCUUGACACUCAUGACUGUAGCUGCAGAAAGUGGCUAAUCACUGGCAUCCCAUGCUGCCAUGCAAUUGCAGCAAUGAAUUACGCAAGUUUAGACCCAGAAGAGUUCAUGCCUAUAUGCUUUAAAAGAUCGACAUAUGCAGAAGUCUAUGCCUCCAUAAUUUACCCUCUCAAUGGGCCUUUGCUAUGGGAAAAAACGCCCUAUCAUGAUGUUCUACCACCAGUUCACAGGAAGUUACAUGGGAGGCCCAAGAAAAAAAGAAGGUUGGAGGCAUGGGAGCUCACUAAAGAUCACACUCAAAUGCGUGUUGGUGGGCACAUCAAGAAAUGUAGCAUGUGUCGUCAGAGGGGCCACAACAAAAACAAUUGUCCUUUACGUCCUGGACCCUCACAAACAGCAGAAAGUCAACCCUCAGAACCAACAGAAACAACUGAAAAUGCACCAUCACAGCCAACACAAACACCAGAAAAUCAACCAUCAGAGGCACCACCAACUACCCAAUCCCCUGGACCGUCACAGCCACCACCAAGUCCUCCACCAUCCCAGCAACCAACGUUGAGGAAAAAAUUAGAUUGCAUAAGAAAAAAUUAGAUUACUAAGUUUAGUACUUCUCUGUUAUGGACAUGUUUUGUAGAUCACUUUAAUGAUCAUGUUUGGUACUUCUCUGUUAUGGACAUCUUUUGUAGAUCACUUUGAUGAUCAUUUUUUGUACUUGACUUUUAUGGUCAUCUUUGCUACUUGACUUUUAUGGUCAUGUUUUGAG